AUGGAGAAAUCUACAGACGACCUCAGCCCACCAAUCGUGAAGCCGGCGCUGUGCGCGGAGGGCUAUGAUCCGAACCCGACGACAGAUCAGCCUCCACUCUUCAUACCGGGCGAUGAUUUUGACAAUUGGAAGUUGCGCGUUGGACCGUUCAUCGCGGGCGCAUCUCAAAGCAUAACUAGUCCCAUGAAUUUGAGCUUCCUGAGAGAGGAGGCGUCACAUUUAUUCCAUUCCGCUCGCGUCUUAGCCUUCGCCCCCGCACCGCAAAUACGGACAACUUUACGCAAGCUUUCAGCUCGGACCGAAAAUGUAGCCAUAUUGCGGGAACGGCUGAUCGGAAGGCAUCAGCCACUUGAUGAGACUGUUGUCGCAUACGUCUGA